GCAGGGAAGAGAGUUGUCGUUGAUCGAAGCGCAUUCAGUCGUGAUGCCGCGGACGUCUGCAGCGUACAUACCUAACCCUACGCGACGGCACUUCGAGAACGUUCGUCGGUCGUCAUAGGUAUGACGAUCCCGAUAAUCGAUUAGCUCUGAGCGGUGCACGUCGAUAUGACCGCCGUCGGUCGUGCAGUGUAGACAUACCGCCGACAACACGCCGUUACUGAAGUCCGCUGUGGUAUAGGCUGUCGGCUAGUUGUUGUACUAGUUCACGACGUUUGGUCGACAAUUCUGUCAUUAGUAUUUUGACGGGGCGCACAAAAAGAUUUCACCAGCCGGUGUUCGUGAGGACAUUGGUGUGGUGUGCGACGCCGAGUCUGGUGUUCGUGGCAGGUCUGUAUAUAGACCAUGCCUGCCGGUGGUCGCAGCUGGGUAGAAGCGGACGAAGCAGUGCGCCGCUCAGUCGACACUCCCCGAGCCAGCCGAGGCGAACAACCAGAAAAUGAAUAAAUAUCCAGAGAACAUAGAAAUCAUUUGUGCGAGAGAGGAACAUAAACCAAAUAUAAAAUCAACAAUGAAGGAUUUUUAUUUGGAUGAACCGGUUUUCAAAGCUCAAAAAAUAGAUGUUGAAAAAUUAGAUAACCGCUUUUAUGGAUAUAAAGAAGAAGACUUCACAAUAGUAGCCAUUGAUAAAAAUAAUAAAGCUGUGGCAUCUUUAGCUAUAAAUAGUAUAACAAAACCUGAUAAUGCAUUGAAACAAAAAAUUAAUGCUGAUCAAUACAAUAAAAGCAAUAUAGAUUUAUAUAGUGCUUUAAGAUUUUGGUCAUCAAUUCAGAGUGAGCCAUGUCUAUUCGAAAUGUUAAAUGUAGACACAAUGUGGGAGAUUAAAACCUUAGCAACAGCACAACAAUACCGAAAUCUUGGAUUGUCAACAACUUUGGCAAAAAAAUCGUUUGAAGCAGCUUUGCUCAAUGAUAAUAUCUCAGUUAUUUGCAUGGACUGUACCAAUUACUUUAGUGCAAAAAUAGCUCAGAAUCUAGGAAUGGAGUGUGUGGUAAAAAAACAUUUUAGUGAAUACACAGACCAUAAUGGGCACCCUUGGAUAAAGAACAUACCCGAACCACCAAAUGAUACUGUAAAUGUGUUUAUUUUUAAGAAAAAGAAUUACAAAAAUAAAGUUUAAUUAAUGUCUUGGUAAUCUAUGUAAAAAUAUGAUAAGUAAAUUAAUUAUUGCACUUAAUCCACGACUGUAUCUAUAUAAUAUCUAUUUAUAUAAAUAAUAAAUUAAUUUGUAAAUUAACAAUUAUGCAAAUAAUUGUAAAUUAUACAUCAUAUCACAUUUAUUAAUUUAUUACUAUAGUGACUAUAAAAAUAUUAUCUAUAAUAAAUUUUUACCUGGCAUUGA